AUGAAUACAGAGAAAUGUAAUAACCAUAAGAAAACUUCCAUUUUUAAAAAACAAAAGUUAAAUGAUGAAGAAAAAAUUUCAGAUAAAUAUGAAGAAAAUAUUUUUCUAGAUAUUAACAAUGAUGAAGUACAGGAAAAUGGCAAAGUAACAAAAAAUAAUCCAAGUAUUAAUAAUGAUAAUAUAAAUGAAAAUGAUGAAAUAAAAAGUAAAAUAAAAUCAAAACAUAAUCAAAAUUAUGAUAAUUCAAAUUAUGUUAAUAAUAAAUAUUGCUUGUUUGAAAAUUAUGAAAGUUUAAAUAAAAACUUAAUGAAUGAAAAUACUUUUGAAAAAGGACGCUUAAAAAAAUUGAACGAAUUAAACAAAAAUGUAACUGAAUAUAUUGAUGUAAGUGAUUCUUACAAAGUAUUAAUGAAUAUAUGUCUGAAAGAAAUUAAGAAGAAUAGCAGUAGUAAAAUAACUCAUGAUGUAUAUAAAGUGUUAAAAAAGAACAAUUUAAUUAUUGAAGAUGAUAAUAAAAUGAAUAAUUAUAUAGAUGAAAAUGAUAAUUGUGGAAGCACUAUUCCAAAUAAUAAUUUAAGAUAUAAUGAUGAUUAUAUUAAAAUAUCUGAAAAUAUAAAAAAAGAAAAUUUAACUAACUGCAAAACAAACCAUGUAAGCCAUAAAAGGAAUAGAAGUUCUAUUACAGAGGGUGGUAAGAGCAUAGAUUUAUCUAAUGAAUAUAGAGAUAAAUUAUUUUUCAGUAGUGAAAAUAGUUAUAAAAAUGUUAUUAAUAAUAAGGAAAUUAAUUAUGAUAAUACUAUUUAUAAUGAUACUACAAAUCAUAUUGUGAAAUUUUUUAAUAGCAAUAUAAAUACAUGUUUAUCAGCAAGAGAUAGAGAAAUAGAUUUUACAACAAAAAAUAAACAAUUAAAAGUGAGAAAUGAUGAAAAUUAUAUGGAAAAUAAAAAAAUGUCUUUGUGUAAAAAAAAUAAAAUAGAAUCAGAUAUGUUUAAUAUUUUUAAGAAUGUUAUAAAUAUAUUAACAUGUAAAUAUCCUCAACAUAAUAUAAAAGAGCUUUUCUUUAAUAGUCAAAAUAAAUUAAAAGAAGAGUAUGAAAAUAACAAAAAGAAAUCUAUAAAAAUAACAAGUUAUGAGUGUAAUCGGUAUAAUAAUUUAUAUAACAAAGUAAAAUAUAAAUUGUUUUAUGCAAAAAAUGACAUAAAAAACAGGAAUAGUAUUAAUACAAAAUCUAUGUUUGAAGAAUUUAAUUACUGUAUAAAAAAUAUUAAAAGAAAUAUAACUAUACUGUCUCAUUUUCUCCCUCAUAAAAAAGAUUAUAAUUUUAUUACAAAAGUAAAGUUUGAUGAAAAUAGUGAAAAUGUUAUAACUACUGGAAAAGAUGGUUUUAUCAAAAUUUUUCACGUUAUAACAGGAAACUUAGUAAUAUCUAUUAGAGCUCAUAAUUAUUCUAUUACUGAUUUUGAUAUACAUAAGUCUAAUAAGUAUAUUAUAUCUUGUGAUGAAAAAGGAAUAGUAAAAUUUUGGCAUUUAGAUAAAUAUAAAUUUAAAAUUCUUUUUACAUAUAGAAGAACUUUUUUUAUGAAAAAUGUAAAAUUUUUUUAUAGUGAUACAAAAAAAUUUAAUAGUCAUUAUAAAACAUAUGCAUUAUGUUCCACCAAUGCUUAUUUUUUUAUAAUUAAAUUUGAUGACUUAAAUAACGAUAUUCAGUUAAUAAAAUCAUUAAAUAUGUAUAUAAAUAAUAUUAAAUUUUUUCCUUAUUUACAAUUUUCAUAUUCGUUAAAUUAUAAUAUUGCACCAUACAUAUACAAUAAUUUAAUUAUAUCAAAAAAGCCUAUAAAAGAAUUAAAAAAUAGCUAUUUAAUUUUUAUAAAUACACAAAACAAUUCUAUUGAUAAGUUUAGUGAUAUGGAUUAUAUAAAUGCAAAUUAUAAAAAUAGAAAAAAGAAACUUAUGUUUUUACUUUUAACAACAAGGAAAAUUUAUGAUGAAGAAAAUGAGGAAAAUUUAAUAAUAUCACCUAAUGACGUUGUAAUUACAAAAUACGUUAACAAAAUAAACGAUGAAAUGUAUAAUUUAAAUGGAGAUGAUGUUAUAGAAGUAUUAUACAAAGGAGAAAAAAAAAAAAAAAUAAAUGAAGAAGAUAAUUCUUAUAGAAAAAUUUUUCAAUUUUUUGAAAUUAAUAUACUUCAAAAUGUAAAAAACAAUAUUGGUUUUGUUAUGUUUAAAAAAUUUGAAGAUUUCAAUGAAGAAAUAUUUUUAUUCACUUUUUCAAAUAAUUCAGCUGAUUUCGUAACUGUUCAUACAAAUGGAUCAAUUUAUUUAUGGAAUUUUCAAAAUUAUUUGAAUGAUAUAAACAAAAAAAAAAAAGAUAAUAAAAUUUUUAUUUGUUGUUUUUAUACAUCCUUAUAUAUAGAGUUUUUAUUAGAAUCAUCAGUUAUUAACGAAAAUAGCAAAGCAAAAAAUAAAAACGAAAAUGUAUUAAACGAAAUAAAUAAGGAAAAUGAAAAUAAUUUAUUUAUUAUAUCAUCAACGUCUUGUUCUUCUUAUUGUUACUCUUCAAGUGACCAGGAAGAUUUAUCAAAAGUAGAUAAUCAAAGGCAACGAAAAAAAAAAAUACAUAAAGGACAUUAUCGAGAUAAUUGUAUAAAUAAAAGUUAUGAUGUAAGUUAUAACAUUUUAAAAAAUAAUUGCAAUAAAUGUGAACAGCAUCAAAGAUGCAUUCAUUGUAUAUAUAAUGAAAAAUCCAACAAUAAAUCAAAGUUACGUGCGAAAAAGCUACAUUACAAAAUAAGUAACAUAGCUUUUAAUAAUACAGAUGAAUAUAUAAUAGUUGCUGAUGGAAUAACAAAUAAAUCUAAUGCAUCAAAGGAAAACAUUAAUGCUGUUACAAUGAAAACAAAUUUAUCUAUAUUUAACACAAAAGCAUAUGAAGAAAUUAAAUAUUUUGAUUUGAAGAAAUGUGAUAGUUUUGUUAGUUUUAUUGAGCCAAAUCCUUUUUAUAAUGAUAUUAUUCUUUUUGCAUGUUUUAGAAAAUACAUUUACUUAUUAAAUGUACAAAAAAAAAAAAUUAUUAAAAAAUUUUCUUAUGAUAGUGAAUUAAAAAAUAUAAGUGCUGAAUGGAAUAAAAAUGGUCAUAUUUUUGUUGUUGCACAUAAUUAUGGUUAUUUUUCAAUUUUUACAAUGAACAAAAAUUUUUGCUAUAAAUUCACCUUAACGGAACAAAUUACCUCAUCACAAAUUUGUUAUUUAAAUGAAUCAAAUGCAAAUGAAAAUACUGAAAAUUAUGAUAAUUUAAAUGUUAUGUCAGAUGUUUAUAUAUAUGAUUCAUAUACGGCAUACAACGAAAGUGGUAGAAAUAUUAAUAAUAGGAAUAGUGUUACUAAUAAUUUAAGUAAUAAUGCUAAUAAUAAUAAUAAUAAUAAUAGCAAUGUUGAUAUUAAUAUAAAUGAUAAUGUGAAUAAUAAUAAAUCUAAUGAUAACAGUAAAAAGAGUAAAAAUAAAAAAAGUAGUAGCAAGAAUAACACAAAUAUAGAUGAAAGCUCUGAUUUUUCGAGUUCAGCAAAGACAAUAUAUACACUUUACACUGAUAGCAAUUCAAAAUUUUCAAAUAAAGAAAAAAAAUUAAGAAAAAAGAAAAAUUAUAGAAAUAAAAAUAAUAAAAAUGAUGACGUAAAAAUAUUAGAUAAUAGUGAGCUCAUAAGAAAUAAAAAUUUUACAGGAGAAAAACAAAUUAUAAAUAUAGAAAAUAUAGAAAAUAUAAAUAAUGAAGUUAUAAGUGUAGAAGAUGUUCAUAAUGAAAACAUCAAAAAAAAUAUAAAUGCAAGAAAAGAAGUUAUAAAUAUUGAUAAUGUAAUAAAUAAUUAUUCUAAUUUUUAUGAUAAGAAUAAAAAUAAAGUUAUAGAUAUAAAUAAAAAUAAGAAUUUUAUUCAAAUCAAUGAUAGUGUAGUUCCAUCUAAUAAAUCAAACGAAUUUAUACUGGAUGAGGAUAGUUCAUCAGAAAAUAACAAAAGUUCAAAAAAUCAAACAAUAAAUAAAUUAAAACAAUAUUUUAAUUCAGAUAAUGAUGGUAUAAAACCGUAUUUUUUAAAAAAAGAACAAGUUAUUAGUGAUGUUGAUUCCGAUUUUGACAAAAAUAGUUCUAUUAGCUUUUUUAGUGAUGAUUCUAAAUAUGAUUAUUAUACAGAUUACUUAAACGAGUCUUCAAAUAAUAGUCUUGAUGGAGAAAGUAGCAAAAAUAAAAGGUUUUAUGAAAGUGAUUGGUAUGACAGUGAUGAUCAUUUUGUCAAUAAUGAUAUAUAUAAUAAUAUUAUAAAUAAUGAAUGGGAAAAUAGCGAUUAUAAAUAUAAUAAUGUUAGUUUUUUUAAUGGAUUUAAAAAUGAAAAAAUGAAUUAUCACCCAUAUUCAAAUUAUUCAAAAAAUGAUCAUAUAAUAAAAAAAAGGAGUGAUAAUAAGAAGAAUGAAGAAAAGUUAUAUAAUAAAUUAUUAAAAAAUAUAGACUACAAUGAUAUAUCGUAUAAAAGAAAAAAAGUAAGAAAAGAAGAAAGCAAAUCAAUUUUAAAUAAUUUUAAUAAUACAAAUAUAUUUGUUGAUAAAAAAUUUAAAAUAUAUGAGCAAGAACUGCAAUCAUUGCUUCCUAGAUUUUCUAGCUUUAAUUCAUGUAAUAAUUAUUUUGAAUUUUUAAAAAAAAAUAAAAUUAAUUCAUUAGGCAUAUAUUUAAGUUAUAUGAAUUAUUUAAAAAAAAAAUUAAAAAAUAAUCAAAUGACUUAUAAAAAUAUACUCUUAUAUGAUAUACUUUAUAAAAUGAUACAAAAUCAUAUAAAGAUUAAGUCAUUAAAUAAUAAUAAUAAUAAUAACAUUAAUAAUAUUCAUAGUAAAAACAAACACAAAACUAUUGAAAUAAGGGAUGAUUUAGAUUUUAAUAAUAUUUCAGAUAACGUUAUUUUUAAUAAAGAUAUUAAUUAUGAAAAUAUCAAUUUCAAUAAAUCAAAUGAUAAAAUACCAAAUGAUAAUAGUGUGAUUAUGAAUGAAGGCAAUAGUAAUUAUAAUAUUGCCUCCUGUAAUAAUUCAAACAUUUUUGUAAAUAAUUUUUCUAAUUCAGAAUCAGUCAAGAAUAAAAUAGAUAACAAAAAUGAAUUCAUUAAAAAAAUCAAUAAGUAUUUAGAAAUAUUUAAAAAUAGUAAUACUAAAAAAAGCAAGAGAAGUUAUAUAAAUGUUAUGAGAAUAAAUAAAAUUUAUAAUAAAUAUAGGGAUUUAAAUGAUAACCUAUUUUUUAAUAAUUACUAUAAUAAAAAAGAUAAAGAAGAAUUAGAUAAUUCUAUUAUUUAUAGAUUUUUAAAAAGAUUACCAUGCAAAGAAGAAGAUAAUAUAGAUAAUUAUAUUUAUUAUAAUAGAAAAAGUAGCUAUAACAGAAAGUUAAAAGAUUUUUUUAGAAGUUAUUUAAAUCAUUAUGAAAAGGUAGAUAAAAAUAAAAAAGAUUUUGAUUACAAAUUAUUUGUAUAUGCAAAUAAUAAUAAGAUGGCAUAUAUGAAUUCUCACAUAGUGAACUUGUUACAUAUUUUACAAGAAAAAUAUUUAAAAAAUUUAAUAAUUAGAGAAAAUUACAAUUUAUUAAAUAAUUAUCCAUUAAAAGGAAGAAAUUGUAUAAUCAAAAAUAUAGAUCAUAUUAUGACUUGUGCAUUUUAUAAUUCUUAUUCUGUUUAUGCUAGAUCACCAUUGGAUAAUUAUGAUUUAUCAAAUACAAGAACUUUUAAUAAUUCAUUUUUUUCAAGUUAUGCUAGAUAUAAUGAUAUUUUUUCUAUGUUUAGAAAUAAUUUAUAUAAUAAUAAUAUUAACAGUUCUUUAAAUUAUGAGAAUAUUGCUAGUUCAGAGAGGAACACAGAAAUAGCUAUUAUAAGUGAAGCUUCUUCUAUGUUUACGAGCGAUCAGUCAGCUGAGUAUUUUACUGGUGAUGAUGAAGAAGAUGAUGACGAAGAUGAUGAUGAAGAUGAUGACGAUUAUUAUAAUGAAGAUUAUACAUAUAGUAAUGUUUCAAACUCUUAUAGCAAGAGGUAUAGAAGAAACAGAAGUAGAACUAAACGAAAAAAUGAUAAGAAUAAGUCCAAUAGAAGAAAUAAUCAACAAAAAAAAUCUCCUAGAAAAAGUAGAAAGAGAAAUGGAAAAAAAAAAAAUAAUGGUGAAAAUGUAUCUAAUACAUAUAUAAGAAAAAGUGAUAGAUUAAAAAAUAAAGAAAUGAAUAAUAAAAAGGACAAUAACAACAGUAGAUAUAUUAGACAUUCUUCUAAUAACUCUAGAAGUCCAUAUAAUACUAGAUCAUCAAAUAUAAAUAAAGAUCAGGUUUAA